GCGUGGACAAAGAGAAAAGGACUUCGGUUUCUGUCACCUGUUCUCAACUGUGACAAUGUCGCUCGUCUUGUCGAUUGUUUGCGUCGUUCUGGUCCUGUUUAUAUUAAAAUAUGUCUUCAGCGGGUCCGGGCCGAACCCCUUUGAGAGGGACACUCGUGAACCGUUGAAAAAGAUGGUUCACGACACGAAAGAAAAAAAUAAAGUGUUGAAGCAAGGUUUUGUGGCCAGUAAAGUACCCGACAACCUGGACGCUAUCAUCGUCGGCAGUGGGAUCGGUGGACUUGGACUUGCUGUGCUGCUGGCCAAAGUUGGGAAGAAAGUCCUGGUUCUGGAGCAGCACGAUCGGGCUGGAGGAUGCUGCCACACAUUCACUGAGAAGGGCUUUGAGUUUGAUGUUGGAAUCCACUACAUUGGUGAGCUGCUGGACCACAAGCCGUUUCGCUGCAUGCUGGACCAGAUGACCAACGGACAGCUACAGUGGGAGCCUCUGGAUAACCCGUUUGACCACGUUGUGCUGGGACCUCCAGAAAACAGACGUUGCUACCCUAUCUACAGCGGCAAGACUCGCUACCCCGAGGAGCUGAAGAAGUGUUUCCCUGGAGAGGAGAAGGCCAUCGAUGAGUACCUGAGCCUGGUCAAGAAAACUUCAUGGGGGAUUUGGCUCCUUCUUAUGCUAAAGCUCUGGCCUGCCCCCUUGGCCAAGUUCUUGGUCUACACCGGCCUCGCAAAACGUCUCUCUUUCUUCUUUAAAAUGGCGUCCCGCAGCCUGACCGACGUGGUCAAUGAACUGACAGAGAACAAGGACCUCAGGGCUGUCUUCUCCUACAUCUUUGGCACCUACGGCAACAUGCCAAAAGAUGCCAGCUUUGCCAUGCACACUUCAGUAGUCAGCCACUACCUGAAUGGAGCCUGGUAUCCCAAAGGUGGCGCCAGUGAAAUUGCCUACCACAUGAUCCCCAUCGUUGAGAAGGCUGGGGGAGCCGUUCUGGUUCGAGCCCCGGUCAACCGCAUCUUAUUCAAUGAUGCCAAGGAAGCUUGUGGUGUGAGCGUCAUGAAGGGUCAGGAGGAAGUCCAUAUCCACGCUCCUAUGGUCAUCUCAAACGCUGGGAUCUUCAACACCUACCAGAAGCUGCUGCCAAAAGAACUCCAGGCCAUGCCAGCCAUCCAGAAGCAGCUGAGUAUGAUGAAGAACGGUGAUGGUGGCCUGAAUGUUUUCAUUGGCCUGAGUGGAACCAAAGAAGAGCUGGGCCUGAAAGCAGACAACUACUGGAUCUUUGCAGAAAACAAUUUUGAUGAAAUACUGGAGAAAUAUAUGAAUGGAAAGAGGGAAGAGUCUGCUAAAAAUGUACCCGUGCUGUUUGUGGCCUCCCCGUCAGCUAAAGAUCCUACCUGGGAGGAGAGAUCACCAGGAAAGUCCACUUUGAGUCUGGUCAGUUUUGCCAACUACGCAUGGUUUGAAGAGUGGAAGGACGGCAAAGUGACAAACAGAGGGCCCGACUACAAAGAGCUGAAACAGACCUUCAUUGACUGUGCUCUGGAGGUAGUGAUGGAUGUGUUCCCUAAGAUCACCAGAGACAAGAUUGAGUACAUUGAUGCUGGGACCCCCAUCACGAACACACACUACAUCGGAACCCCCAAAGGUGAGAUCUACGGAGCUGAUCAUGGCAUCGCCCGUUUCACUCCUGAACUCAGCGCUACAAUGAGACCUCAGACUCCCCUGAAGAACCUCUACCUGACAGGUCAAGAUUUGUUCUCGUGCGGCCUUGCUGGCGGCCUCGCUGGUGCUCUUACCUGUGGCUCUGUCAUUCUGAACCGCAACCUCCACCUGGAUGGCAUCGCCUUGGCAAAGAAAGCAAAAUCUGUCAAAUCGAAAGGGCUGUAAGAGCCAUAUGGAAAGUUUGACUGAUCUUAGAAGUGAAUCCAUAAUGUGAAAGUACACCGCCUGGACGAAAAGAAAAAAAAAAAAACACAAGCUCUAAAAUUUUGUUGGACCGACUUUAGCUUUGAUUACAGCAGUAUUCACUGUGGCACAGUUUUGAUAAGAAGAUUCUCUAAUGUCACAAGUUUUAUUUCCAUCCGUGUUGCAUUUUUCACCAAGAUCUUGUAUUGAUGAUGGGAGAGUCUAACCACUGCACAAAGUCUGAACUUGAGUCCACUUUUGACAUUGUCAUCCUGGAAUAUGUCGAUGCAGUCAGGGAAGAAAAAAUCCAUUGAUGGAAUAACCUGGUCAUUCAUUAUAUUCAGGUAGUCAGCUGACCUCAUUCUUUGGGCAUAAUGUUGCUCAACCUAGACCUGAGCAACUGAGCAACCCCAGAGGCUGGUACAGUAGACAUUAGACAUGAUGGGUACAUCGCUUCAUCUUCCUUGAAGACAAUGGUUCCCACUAUCCUUACAGUUUUUAAUGAUAUGAUGGACAGUUCUUAGUCCAAUUUUAGUAGUUUCUGCUCUAAUCUCCUUAGAUCUUGUUUCUGCUUGAUGCAGCCAAUGAUUUGACCCUUCUCAAACAGACUUACAUCUCUUCCACGACCACGGGAUGAGUCUUUCCACAUGGUUGUUGAAGAAAUGAGAAGCCACUCAUUUCAUCAGUUGGUGUUAAAUAACUUGUUGCCAGCUGAAAGAUAAUCGCCUGUGCAGUAUUUAUCCAAUUGGAUCCUCAUACCUAUUUGCUUUGUUAAAACCUUUUUUGGUCAGGCAGUGUAAGUGUUUUAUUUGGAUUUUUUAUGGCAGCUACUGCGAUCAGACCCGCACUCAUUCAUGCAGCCUAAAUAAUGUGACACGCACGAUUUUCAAAUAUCCAUCUGCAUGUAUCCACAUUCAGUGUUGGAGUUUCUAUGCACUUGGUUGUUUAACCCCUUACACCACACACAAGUUUUUGCCUAACAGUGCCGUAUGUUAUAUCUGUUUUAAUGUUAUGCAAAAAAUAAAUUGGUUGCAACUUGA